AUGGCAGGUCGCCUCACUCCCCUGCCUGCUGCACCCAGCACCACCCUGGCGGUGCUAGAUGCAACCUGGAUGGACGACUUGUCAUUGAUGUUUCAAGCGCCGGACUCUGCAGCUCUGAUUCGACGUCUUCGCACCGGUGCGUCGACUCUUCUCGGCACCUGUUUGGAACACGCUCUUCUCCCAAACUUGAGCCGAGGCAAAACGGAGGCCCUCGUCCACCUCAGAGCCAAAGGCGCACGCCAAGCCCGGAAAGAGCUCUUUGUAGAGAAUGCAGGGACUCUCCCACUUCAAUGUCGGCUCUGGCCAGAGGCCCGCCUCCGGCUAACAGCCACAUACAUACAUCUCGGUGGCGUGCUCCACCAUCAAGGCAGCCUCUUGAGGGAGGUGAAGGCACGAGAGGAUAAGGCACUCCUUUUUGACAGCCUCGUAGCCACUACACUCUUCUAUGGCUCAGGCACGUGGCCCGAGCCCACGCCUGAUUGCGUGCAAAAGCUUACUGGCACCCUGCGCAAUAUGGCUUGUCAGAUGCUACGCCCUGCCUACUCGGCGGUUGCCCAAGCGUGGCACCUCGGCGCCACGCAAGCCCUCGCCGGAUUGCCCAGCGCCACUACAUACCUUCAUGUGCACCGGCUCCGCUACCUCCUCUCAUGCAUUGUGCUCGGGGUUCCUGAAAUUUGGGCUUUAGCCCAUUGGGAAGGGGUUUGGCUUCAAAGCGCUGCUGCGUCAGUUGAGUGGCUCUGGGAGAAAACCGACCCGGACCGUCACUAUCAGCACUGGGAACAAGCCUGGACCGCGUGGCGGGAUGAGGCAAAACGGUCGCCAGGCAAGUGGAAGGUUGGUGCCGUCACCCAGACCGACCUUGUCGAGGACAGCGCAGCCAGCGAAUGCUGCGCACCCUGCCGCAAGCACUUCCGCGAUUAUCGUGCAUGGUCGGUCCACGCCUUCUCUACUCACGGCCGCACUGAUGAAAUGAGCCGCCUCCUCACCGAGGGAGUGCGCAAUCGGCCCGAGCCCGGUGUAGGCAGCAAGAAGGCCCAUGAUGAUGGGUCCGACCUGAUGCCGGUCCUGCAAGCCUCUGGGCCCCGUCCUGCCCCCAUAGCUUUUGUUGUGGAGGGAGAAGUUGAUCGUCCCUCAGCUGAAGUCCUUGACUGCUUGGCCCAUCUGGAUCAUGACGGUCUGGUUACGCACCUCUCGGAGGGUGCCCUUUGGGAAAGGAUCCGUUUGGCGUUUUCCUGCAUCUGUUUGCAGUCUGCGCGCCUGCAGCUGACUGGUCAAUGCUGGCAUGACCUUCCAUGCCAUCCUUCCCAAGAUGCCCCUCCUGCUGUCCUUGCGCGCCUCCGAUCAGCUGCACGCUGGAUUUGUGGCACUGACAUAGUUGCCUGGCUUGUUCCCGACUCUUCUGUCGGUGAUGUGUCGGCGGAUACCUUCAAGCUGAGUGGACUUUACUUGAACUUGCUCGCCCGCCUUUGGCAAUGUGCGGUGGGCUUCGCCGCGUGUAUUAGGCUGGUCUUGCCUUCACCUGUGCCGACGAUCGCUCUUCCCCUCCUCCGCCCGCCUGGGCUUCUUGUCCGCGAGUCUUGCGACGGCGUGAUGGUCGGGAACUGGUAG